AUGGCCAACUGUACUGCUACAUUCCGGAAUAUACGGAUUGGUUAUCAAGACCAGGAUUACGUUAGUGUCGGUGAUAAGCCUGAAUACAGCUGCUCUGUGAAGAAAGAUGCCAGUUUUCUGAUAACACAUCCAUUGAAAUGGGAAUGGUACGGUCAUGAUGGUUCCCAAUUGAUAAUAUCAACAUUCGGAAACGUUAAGGUGAACCUUGAAUCAGAGUAUUAUGUCGACCUUGACAUCACUGAUACUGCAACAACCUUGACAUUGAAAUUUCCUCAAGGAGAAAAAAAAGAAUAUGAUGGGAACUUUAAAUGUGUAGGAGGAGGAGGAGGAGGAGGAAAAGGAAGAGGAGCAGCAGCAUCAGGAAGAACAGGAGCAGGAGCAGGAGGAGCAGGAGGAGCAGGAGGAGCAGGAGGAGCAGCAGCAGGAGGAAUUGGGAGAAGAAUGAGGAGCAACAGGAAGAGCAGGAGCAGGAGAAGCAGGUGGGGCAGCAGGAGGAGGAGGAGCAGCAGGAGGAGGAGGAGCAGGAGGAGGGAGAGGAGCAGCAGGAGGAGCAGGAGCAGGAGGGAGAAGGAGGAAGAGCAGGAGAAGCAGGAGGAGCCGGAGACGCAGGAGGAGCAGGAGCAGGACGAGCAGCAGGAGGAGCGACAGCAGGAGCAGCAGGAGGAGCAGCAGGAGGAGCAGCAGGACGAGCAGCAGGAGGAGCAGCCGGAGGAGCAGCAGGAGGAGGAUGAGGUGGAGCAGCAGGAGCAGGACGAGCAGGACGAGCAGAAGGAGGAGCAGCAGGAGCAACAGCAGGAGGAGGAGGAGCAGGAGCAGCAGGAGCAGGACGAGCAGGACGAGCAGCAGGAGGAGCAGCAGGAGGAGGAGGAGGAUAGGAGGAAUAACCAUGCUUUUAACGGAGGAGUCCGCUUAGUCAGGGAACGACAGACAUCGGCAAAUAGCAAUUGUGGUAUAAAAACGAGAGGCGAAGGAUACAAAAAGGAUAUUCAAACUCAGAUCUCGAAAAUAAACUGA